AUGGAACCUGAGCCAUUUACACUUGAAAAUUCGAGGUCGACUACGUUUUAUACUUUUAUAGUCAACACGACGAUAAACGACAUCAUAACGGGGGGGAAAAGUAAUGAUUGCGUAAUCGAUGUCGACAACACUUGUCCACAAUUUAAGGACCUGAAAGGAGCCAUUAGGUUCUCGACCGAUAGUACCAACUUUCUUUCGUGCAGUGUAGUUGCUGAUGCGGAAAGACAAUAUCUUUAUGUCUAUUCAACAAGCAAUUGGCAAAUGAUUCAAAAAAUGAACAUAAGCGUAUAUGUCAAUGAUCUACUAACUGCAUCGCAUCCUUGGACCCAAGUUGAAUCCGUAAAAAGUUCAUUAUAUGGUGAGCUUUUUGUGAGCGUCGAUAAAUCGAACGUUCUAUCGUUUUGGUCUAUACCGGAAUGCAAGCUGGUGACCCGUUGCCAAAGCCGUCUUUCUGUAGACGUCGAUGGAAGGCAAACCAUCUUUGCCCUCUCUCCUAACAGGAAAAUGCUUGCAACCUGGACUCCAGAUGAAAUACUUGCUGUCUUUUUAUGUGAAGAAGGUAUCUUAUUCUCGUCUUCGAUGGCCCCCAAAAAUCAUUUGGCGUUAGGUGGUAGUCGUAAUAAAUCAGUGAAGCAGUUAGUGUGGAUUGGGAACAAACAUGUAAUGAUUGUCGAUGAUCUCGGCGGAACGAAAUGGGACAUUUACACAUACGACCUCAUCAGUGAAUACAGCGGUUUUGGAAAGAUGCCCAUCUUCAAAUCUACAGGAGAAGACGUUUACGCUAACUGUGAUGGAUGGCCGAAGAUCAAGAAGUUAAAGGAAACAAAACCAAAGAAUUCAUUCAACCAAGGUGCAAAGCGGUCAGAAGGAACGACAAAAAUGUGUAAAUAUGAUGGCACAACGUUUUAUGAAACAGGCAAAAUGCAUGUUAUUGGCGAAAAUCAAUACAUGUUGCAUAAAAUUCUUAAGAAUAUGAUAGAGCCAUGGUACUUUCCGCAACAUCGAACCGCAACAAUAUUUCUGCUAGACGAUAACAAUGAACGAGCACUUUUUUUCGGCAAACAAACAAUAACUGUAUGGAACUUUACGUCAAAAGAACCACCAAGCUUAGAAUACAUUUGGUGCAAACCAAUGCCUGCAGCAAAUUACAGUAUUGACGAACCUUCACUAGGCAUAAACGAGAAAGGAAGGUAUAUUCUCAAAUUUCGAUGUAAUUUCGAAAACGGAAAUUCUAGUAAAAGGCAGGAAUUGUCAUUGUGUCCAACCAGAUUUAAAACAACCUUACAUGCGUUGUAUGCUCGUAAAUUUCUGGAAUUCAAAGCCCAUAAUAAUAACCCGAGCCACGAGGGUCAAAUUUCCGAGCUGUUAAAGCAAUGUGAAGAGAUUGUCUACAGCACCAUCCGCACCAACGCUGAAAUUUUUAAUGCGAGCGUAGGCGAUAGAUCUAUGGUACAUUUAUUGAUUGAUCUGGAUAGCGCAUUUGCAGAUUCAAUGCUAGAAGCACUAUUACAAAAGGACGUUUAUAUUCCGCUGUUUUACAAAAACAAAGAAUCUGCUCUCUUAUGUGCUUUAUCGAAAGGAAAAGCAAAAGUUGUUCGUCUGUUGUUGAAGUACUACUGCCGUAGAACCGAGGAGAAAGCAGAAGAAAAGCCGGAAUUUUGGAUGCAGACCGUCGUUCCUGUAUUUAAGAAACUGGUUUCGAAAUAUCCGGACUCGGCCUCGGAAUUAAUGAAAUCUGUUAGCGAUUUGCCUUUGUCCGAGCAAACGAUAUGGAGAAACCAAAAAGAUUUGCAUGCAUUUAGCUGUGAGACAAAUGAAAUACACGAGAUGAGCGCGCCAAGGAGAGCAGACGAAAUCGAUGAAGCGCAUAAGAACGGUACCAAUCGGCGCACUAUAUGUGUGGUUCCGCUCCCAGGCUUUACCGAAUAUCCGGAUUUUGCUUUUUAUGACCUCGUUUACAAAGGAAAAGAAUGCUGUUCCCGUUUUGCUGAUGCAGUAUUUUAUGGUCGUAUUGACCUAUUUGGAGAGCGUAUCACGGAGGCGAUAAUUAAUUUCAAAUGGAGGCAGUUUGCUAAGGGAUAUGCUUAUUUUUUAAUUUUUUUAUAUAUAUUGUAUCUUGUUUCAUUCAUGUUUAUGGUUACGAUAGAUGCUGGGAGGGUACAACUAGAUGACAAAUAUAAAAACAUUGCAACAAAAGUGUUUAUAUUUUUAGUUUUAGGGUUAGGUGCUGUGUUUUUGAGCUCGGAAACAAGGCAGAUACUGCAUAAACCGUAUUAUUAUAUCUGUAAUAUUUAUAAUUUAGUAGAUCUUGUAAGUUUAGUGAUGCCUAUUGCAUACGCAAUUAAUUCACUCGUGGGAGAUGGUUCAUUUCAAUCUUCAUACAUUGGAGCAUCCAUGUUUUUUGUCUAUCUAAAUUUGAUUUUAAAGUUGCGAAUUUUCGAAAAGCUUGGAAUAGCGAUUUUUAUUAUAAUUGAGAUAAUAUCGAAUGUAUACCGUUUUGUCCUCGCGAUGGCAAUAAUGGUGCUCGCGUACACACACACUUACUGGAUAUUAUUGGCUAACACGGAAGUUAAGAAUACAUUAGAUGGUAACAAUGCAGCGGCACAAGAAUAUUCUACUUUCCAACGAGGGUUACUUUCCACUUAUUUCUUUGUGACUAAUAAUCUUGGGUCACUUAGCGAUGCUUUUGGAGAUUCGACCAUUGCAAUAUUUACGGUUGCGUUUUCAGUAAUCAGCGUGUAUAUGUGGACAGUUUUGGUUGCUUUGAUGACCAACGUUGUGGAUGAUUCUAGGACCUUUGCUAGACACGCUUGGCUUAAACAAAGGGCAGAGCUUCCUCAAGAAAAUAAAGUGGAAGAACCUGAGCCAUUUACACUUAAAAAGUCGAAGUCCGGAAUUCCGACCACAUUUUAUACUUUUAUAGUAAACACGACGAAAAACGACAUUAUAACGGGAAUGGCAAACAAUAAUUGCGUAAUCGAUGUCGACAACACUUGUCCACAAUUUAAGGACUUGAAAGGAGCUAUUAGGUUCUCGACCGAUAGUACCAACUUUCUUUCGUGCAGUGUAGUUGCUGAUGUGAAGAGACAAUAUCUUUAUGUCUAUUCAACAAGCAAUUGGCAAAUGAUUCAAAAAAUGAACAUAGGCGUAUAUGUCAAUGAUCUACUAACUGCAUCGCAUCCUUGGACACAAGUUGAAUCCGUAAAAAGUUCAUUAUAUGGUGAGCUUUUUGUGAGCGUCGAUAAAUGGAACGUCCUAUCAUUCUGGUCUAUACCGGAAUGCAAGUUGUUGGCCCGUUGUGAAAGCAAUCAUUUUGUAGACGUCGAUGGAAGGCAAACCAUAUUUGCCCUCUCUCCUAACAGAAAAAUGCUUGCAACCUGGACUCCAACCGAAAUGCUUGCUGUCUUUUUAUGUGAAGACGGUAUCUUGUUCUCGUCUUCGAUGGCCCCCAAAAAUCAUUUGGCGUUAGGUGAUCGUAAUAAAUCAGUGAAGCAGUUAGUGUGGAUUGGGAACAAACAUGUAAUGAUUGUCGAUGACCUCGGCGGAACGAAAUGGGACAUUUACACAUACGACCUCAUCAGUGAAUACAGCGGUUUUGGAAAGAUGCCCAUCUUUAAAUCUACAGGAGAAGAUGUUUACGCCAACUGUGAGGAAAGUCCAAGGAUCAUGAAGUUAAUAGAAACAAAGCCAGAGGGUUCAUUCAACCAAGGUGCAAAGCGGCUGGAAGGCACGACAAAAUUGUGCAAAUACGAUGGCACAACGCUUUAUGAAACAAACAAGGUGCAGAUUACUGGCGAAAAUCAGAACAAAUUGCGGGAGAUUGUUGAGUUUAUGGUCGAACCAUGGUACCUUCCGCAACAGCGAACUACAACAAUAUUUCUACUAGACGAUGACAACAAACGAGCACUUCUUUUUGGCAAACAAACAAUACAUGUGUGGAACUUUACGUCAACAAAACCAAGCUUAGAAUAUAUUUGGUGUAAACCAAUGCCUGCAGGAAAUUACAGUCUUGACGAGCCUUCACUAGACAAAGAUAGGAAUAUUCUCAAAUUUCUAUGUAAUUCCGAAAAAAAGGAAUUGUCGCUGCGUCCAACCAAAUUCGAAACAACCUUACAUGCGUUGUAUGCCCGUAAAUUUCUGGAACGCAAAGACCAUGUCGAACGUCAAAUCGGCCCGAGCCACGGAUUGCUUUUCUCCACGCUAUUAAAGCAAUGCGAAAAGAUCGUGUACAGCACCAUCCGCACCAGCGCAGAAAUUUUUAAUGCGAACGUAGACGAUAGAUCUAUGGUACAUUUAUUGAUUGAUCUGGAUAGCGCAUUUGCAGAUUCAAUGUUAGAAGCACUAUUACAAAAGGACGUUUAUAUUCCGCUGGCUUACGAAAACAAAGAAUCGGCUCUCUCGUGUGCUUUAUUGAAAGGAAAAGCAAAAGUCGUUCGCCUGUUGUUGAAGUACUACUGCCGUAGGACCGAGGAGAAAGCAGAAGCAAAGCCGGAAUUUUGGAUGCAGACCGUCGUCCCUGUAUUUAAGAAACUGGUUUCGAAAUACCCAGACUCGACCUCGGAAUUAAUGAAAUCUGUUAGCGAUUUGCCUUUUACUUUGUCCGAGCAAACGAUAUGGAGAAACCAAAAGGAUUUGCAUGCAUUUAUCUGUGAGACAGAUGAAAUACACGAAAUGAGCGCGCCAAGGAGAACAGACGAAAUCAAUGAGGCGCAUAAGAACGGUACCAAUCCACGUACUAUAUGUGUGGUUCCGCUCCCAGGCUUUACCGAAUAUCCGAAUUUUGCUUUUUAUGACCUUGUUUAUAAAGGAAAAGAAUGCUGUUCCCGGUUUGCCGAUGCAGUAUUCUGUGGUCGUAUUGAUUUAUUUGGAGAACGUAGCAUGGAGGCGAUAAUUAAUUUCAAAUGGAGGCAGUUUGCUAGGAGAUAUGCUUAUUUUUUAAUUGUUUUAUAUAUAUUGUAUCUUGCUUCAUUUAUGUUUGUGAUUACGGUAGAUGCUGGUAGGGUACAACUAGAUGACAAAUAUAAAAACAUUGCAACAAAAGUGUUUAUAUUUUUAGUUUUAGGGUUAGGUGCUGUGUUUUUGAGCUCGGAAACAAGGCAGAUACUGCAUAAACCGUAUUAUUAUAUCUGUAAUAUUUAUAAUUUAGUAGAUCUUGUAAGUUUAGUGAUGCCUAUUGCAUACGCAAUUAAUUCACUCGUGGGAGAUGGUUCAUUUCAAUCUUCAUACAUUGGAGCAUCCAUGUUUUUUGUCUAUCUAAAUUUGAUUUUAAAGUUGCGAAUUUUCGAAAAGCUUGGAAUAGCGAUUUUUAUUAUAAUUGAGAUAGUGUCGAAUGUAUACCGUUUUGUUCUCGCAAUGGGAAUAAUGGUGCUCGCGUAUACACACACUUACUGGAUAUUAUUGGCUAAUACGGAAGUUAAGAAUACAUUAGACGAUAACAAUGCAGCGGCACAAGAAUAUUCUACUUUCCAACGAGGGUUACUUUCCACUUAUUUCUUCGUGACUAAUAAUCUUGGAUCACUCAGCGAUGCUUUUGGAGAUUCGACCAUUGCAAUAUUUACGGUUGCGUUUUCAGUAAUCAGUGUGUAUAUGUGGACAGUUUUGGUUGCUUUGAUGACCAACGUUGUGGAUGAUUCUAGGACCGUUGCUAGAAACGCUUGGCUUAAACAAAGGGCAGAGGUUAUCGUUGAGAUUGAAAUGUACUGGUUUACAUCAAAGCAAAGAAAACGAAAGGAUUACUUUCCGUCCUUGAUAUAUUACUAUGCAAGUCCCGAUGCCAUCGAGAAACCUAGUCUAGAUGAAGAGACGGAAAGUUCCAGAAUUGCAGAUAUAGUGGAAAAAUUAUUACAAGUGCGCAAAAACGAAUUUGCAGUCUUUUUAGAUAUAGAGCAUGACUAG